AUGUCUGCUAUGGAGAUUUUCGGGCAUGUGAGGGAAGUCAACUGCUAUCCUAAUAUCUCUAUUGCCUAUCACAUCUUAUUUAUUGUGCAUGUGACGGUCGCAUCGGCGGAAAGAAGCUUUUCGAAAUUGAAAUUGUUGAAGAAUUAUUUGAGGUCAACAAUGACUCAAGAGAGGUUAAAUGGUCUAGCUACACUAUGCGUCGAGAAGAAAUUAUUGGAUGAGAGUGACAUCGACCCCAUCAUAAGCGACUUUGCAUCGAGGAAUGUUGGAAGAAAUUUUUAA